AUGGCCAUGUUCAGACUACAGCACCUACCCAGCAUCCUCCCUCAUAUCCGCUUCAACCUGCUGACCUCAGACGACACGGCAGCCAUCUUGGAACACCCCCUGGUCAGGGAGGAUCCUGGGAGUUCUGAGGUCAUCAGGGAUGUGGUACAGAAAGAGAACCCUAACCUGAAGCCGAGGCUUGGGAUGACCACGGAGAUGGUUCUGCUAUCCAAUGCAAAUUCCAGUGAUCUCCUCUUCAUGAACCCUCAGGAAGGGAAGUACAUCACCUGCAGUUAUAAUUGUAAACAAUUUACUGACGCCAUAGAUUUGACAGUCACCAGCGAUAACAACAUCUACAGACUGACUCGUAAGUUGGACAGUAGCAGACAGUUGUCCAUUUAUAAGUACAACCAUGCGGAGAAUGUGUGGGAAGAUACUUGUAUGUCCUUGGUGUCUACGUCGCUAAGAUUGGGAAACAAUUUCAAUUGCUACGAGGAACACCUUGUUGAAGUUGAUCAGUCUUUAUACUACCUUGCUGAGAAUAUAGAAGAAGGCACGAUGUUGAUGAGAAAGUACAACCAGCACACAGAUCAGUGGCAGGAGUGUUCACAGCUGCAAUUUGAAAAUACUACGGACUUCUACAGUGCAGCACUGUCCAGUGGUCCAUACCUCUAUUUCCUCACAAGCAUGGAGAUGUAUCGCUACGAACCGAGACAUGACCGUUGGUGCAAGCGGAGCCCAUCACCAGAACCAAAUCUUGAAAUCCGUUCAGCAGUUGUCAUGGGAACAGAGAUUUUCUGCACCGAUUUUGACUUCAGUCAGACUAUGGUAUACGACACAGAAUCAGACUGCUGGCAGAGACUGCAAGGUUGGCCAGACGCAGGGAACCGUGAGACUAGUGGUUCUCCCAGUCUUUUUGUUCUGGCGAACCAGCUGCACAUAUGGCUCACCUGUAGCUAUGAUCAUAAUGAGGAUGUAGAAGAACAUCUGGUAUAUGUGUAUGACAGGUCUGCUGAUACAUGGAGAGACUUGAAGGCCACUUUGCCAGAUAAGGAAUAUUUUUCGUAUGGUCGCCUGUGCUCUGUGGCGCGUAUAUACCUACCAUAUCUAGAAGUGCAGGAUAAGUACUAG